AUGAAACUGCUUUCCUGUAUUCUGAUUGGCUUUUUUUCUUUGGCAUGGUAUAAAAGGAAGUAUCGCUCCAAGGGGUGUGCCGACUUAAAAAGUCACCCAUAUUUUGUUUCUGUUGAUACAGCUCCUAUACUUUAUGGAGACCGGCUACAUUGUUGUGAAUGCCAGAAAGAGUUCUUGACUUCUUAUGUCUACAAGCAUUUUGAAGUUCCUGUUUGUGAUAACUGUAGAGACCAUGAAGGAAAACAUGCUCUUAUAACCAAGACAGAGGCCAAGGAGCAAUUCUUGUUAAAAGACUGUGAUCUGGACAGAAGAGAACCAUCAUUGAAAUAUAUUUUAAAGAAGAACCCUCAUCAUUCCAGGGGUGAAAUGAAGCUCUACCUCAAAUCACAGGUACCAAGGGUUUUUUGUCCUUAAUUUUGAUACUUGCACAUGUACCGGUAUUUAUCUGCACUUUACACA